AUGUCAUACCCCUUCGAAGCCAUCGGCAUCAUCUCCAUCGGGGAGAUGGGUCUGGGCAUAGCCCAGCUCCUAAUCGCCCAUCAUUACCGAGUCCUGACCUAUGCGGCCGAUCGGAGCGAAGCCACCCAACGGCGAGCAUGGGAAGCAGGCAUUGAGCUCCGUCCCUCGAUGCAAGACCUAGUCGACCAAAGCGACUGCCUCCUCUCCAUCGUUCCACCACGGGACGCACUCGCAACCGCCCGGCGCAUCGUGGAAGCAUCGUCCGCGCGGCCCACGGUCCGCGAUACCCCGUUAUGGGUAAUUGAUCUGAAUGCUGUGUCGCCAAAGACAGCGCGCGAGAUGGAAGCACUCUUUACUGAAGCAAGUGGGACAUCGUCAUCAUCUUACCUCCGGUACAUCGACGGAGGCAUCGUGGGUGGCCCACCGCGGCCAUUGCAGCCAACCAACCCCAACGAACCAGCCUGGCAUUGUGCCAGCUUGAUAGUCUCCGGUCCUGAGAAACUCCCAGACGAGAAGUUAUCUCGCACACUGAAUAUCAAACAUAUCUCGGACCGGAUUGGUGUAGCGACCGGGUUGAAGAUGUGCUUUGCUUCUCUGACGAAGGGGUUUUUCGCGUUGGCUAUUCAGUCGUUUACUACGGCGCAUUCUAUGGGUGUGCUGCCGCAGCUGCAAGAAUUGAUGGAGGAGCAUAAUGCGGCGACGCUGCGGAUAGCGGAGAAGGGGGUGGUAGGGAUGCCGCCGAAGGCGUAUCGGUGGGUGAGGGAGAUGAAGGAAAUUGGGGAUACGAUGAGGGAUGACGGGGGGUUUGAAAGUGAUUUGUUCUACGCCGUGGCUCAGGUGUAUCAGACCGUCGCGGAUGAUCCUAUCCUGGGGCAAGAGAAGCCGGAUGAUCGACAGCGGGGGAAGACGGUCGAGGACGUGGUGGAGUGUUUGGAUAAGAGCUUGAAGGUGAAGAAGGAUUAA